AUGUCCGUCGCGGCGCUCGCGAAUCCGCGCGUCGCGCGUCCCGCGCUCUCCGAGCGCGUCGCAAAGCGUCCGAUGGGGGCGCCACGUCAGCUGGCUCUGAGAGUAAACAACGCGGCGAGGGACACAGCUGGCUCUGGAGGGACGAAGGGCAAGCUGCUCGUGCUCGGAGGGACGGGGUUCAUCGGGAGCAAGAUAUGCGAGCGCGCGCUGUCGUCCGGGUACGACGUCGUGUCCAUCUCGAGGAGGGGCGAUCCGCCGGGAGACCCGCACCGGUAUCCCGACGGCGUGUGGAAUCGCGUCGACUGGCGAAAGGGCGACUGCGUUCAGCCGGACACGAUCGCGACGGUCCUCGGCGAGGGCGGGUUCGUCGCGUGCAUCCACGCCGUGGGGAUGCUCCUCGCGUCAGACAUCAACGCGCUCGCGUCCGGCAGCGGAUCGAAACCCUCGCCGGGCGCCACGUACGACGACGUCACCAGGGUCACCGCGCUCAACGCCGCAGACGCCGCAGCUCGGCUGUGCACAGCUGUGCCAAACGCUGACACAGCUGGCGGGGGCGGGACGGGAGGUACGACGAGUAAGGCGCCCGUGCCGUUCGUGUUCGUGUCCGCCGCCGAGGCGAGGUGGACGUUCAAGGCGCCGGUGGCUUGGCUCGAGGACUACCUCAUCGCCAAGAGGGCGGUGGAGGCGCGGCUGAGGGAGAUGACCGACGCCGGGGAGGUUCGAGCCGCGUGCCUUAGACCGAGCCUGGUCUACUGCCUCGACAAGCCCGCGGCGAUGCCCGCGGUGGGGGCGUUUUACCUGGGGAACCUGCUCGGGUUGCCGUUCGUGGAUCGGCCCGUGACGGUGGACACGCUGGCGAGCGCCGCGGUGCGGUGCGUGGAGGAUGGGCGGUCGACGGGCGCGCUCGAUUAUCGAGAGAUGGAACGACUGGCGCGGGAGCUGUGA